AUGUUCUGCUUCUGCCUGCAAAGUUCCCUGCUGAAGCUCCAGGCGCUGGAGGUGGAGGGGGGCCCCUCGCUGGGUCCGUCCCCAGAGGAGAGCCCCCCUGCCCUGGGUAGCAAAGAGCAGAAGAGCCCCUGCGGACCAGUGGAGCUUGGAGGGAAGGAGAGGAAGACGCUGGCUCUCUGCCACAACGUCCCCGCCGAUGAAAACAGCCCACCAGAGCUGCUGACGGUCCUGACCAGACCUCCACUGUCUCCCAGACAUCAGCCAUUAACAACCAUCCACCCUGGCCAGCAGCCCCUGACCCCUGACGGAGCAAUGCCCCCCAGCCCUCACCACUCCCCCUACUCCCCCCAGAGGAGCAGCCCUGGAAGUGAGGGAGGAGGGGGAGGAGAAGGUGGAGCUGGAGCUCUCCUCCAGCUGCUGGCGGGUGGCCCCAGCCCUCUGCCCUCCCCCCGCUGCUCCAGCCUCAGCCACAGCCUGAGGUUCAACUCCGACCCUGACACUGCACCGUCACCACCCUGCAGCCAGCAGUACAUGCUGUGUCGGGGUCGGGACAGGCCGGAGUCCUCUGAGGACGAGUGUCCCUCCUCCGUCCCCUUCCUCAGCAGACAGAUUCAGACCCUGAAGAAGAAGGUCCGCAGGUUCGAGGAUCAGUUUGAGCAAGAGAUGAACUACAAGCCGUCCUACAACGAUAAAUACUCCAACCCCGAGAUGAUCCGAGUGAUGAGCGAACUGGCAAAAGCUCGCAAACAGCUCAAAGAGCUGAGACUCAGACAGUCAGUGUUUGAGUCGCAGGAGCAGGACGGUCCAGAAAACAUCUGCAGGCACUCCUCCGGCCAGCAGGGGGCAUCAGAACACAAACCCACUCUGGAGGAAACGGUGGAGUCUCUGUUCAGACGACUGAGAGAGAAGAGACAAACUCUGGGCCUGCCAGACAACAUGAAGGAGAUGACUCAGGCUCAGAUGGUGUUGGAGAAGAUCACGCUGCAGAAAUGUCUGCUGUACUUUGAGAGUCUUCACGGUCGUCCGGGAACCAAACAGGAGAAGAACCUGGUGAAGCCUCUUUACGACAGAUACCAGAUGAUCAAACGUUUACUGUGUGCCAGCCCGACUAUCACCACCAUAGAGGAAGAGGACGGUUCUGAUGAAGACUCGAUGAGCUCCACGACAGUCGGUCAACUUCCUGUCCCGCCUCCUCGCAGACCAACCCGAGCGGCUGCCGGCGAGGAGGACAGCGACCGGGACAGCGACCCUGCCUUCGUGUCCCCGUUAGAUGAGGUGAAAGGCGUCCAUGAGAAACCUGCUGUCACCAUGGCCAACCUGCACGAAGCGUCCAGGUCUCAGCUGCUGCAGUGUCUGCGAGAGACGAGGGCAGAGAAGAAGACGAGACGUAAAGCUCUGAGAGAGUUUGAGGACGAGUUUUACCGUCAGACAGGAAGAAUCUGCCAAAAAGAAGAUCGUACACCGAUGAAGGAGGAAUACCAGGAAUACAAACAGCUGAAGGCUAAACUCCGUCUGCUGGAAGUCCUCCUCAGCAAACAGGAAGUUCCCAAAACCAUGUGA